UGUCAUACGGGCAAUUUUUUCCUCCCGCCUUUCCAACUCUAUCCAGAGAAAAUUGGUGUCCCUUAUCAAUGCGCAAGUCCCUUUGGAAGCACUCACACAUCUAGAAGAGAUUUUAGUCACCUUCGGCCACUACGACUAUGACUAUCCUAGUAAGGGGAUCACCUUCCCCGAUUGAAUGAAAGGAAAUGGCAACCAUUCUCUCUCACCCUUCAUCUGGGUGUGCGUGUUUUUUGCAACAAGUAUACUAGGACUAGGAUUAGGAACCCAAUCUGGUGCGGUACCAGCGAGAGCUUGGUUGCCCUCGAAUUGGAUAUGGAAGGGCAAGCUCAAAACAAUGGGGAAUCCUCCUCAGGUAAAACAGCCUCAGAAUUAAGGACGCCCACUUUGGAUUCAGCGGUGGGUGCCCUAAAAUUGGGUGGUAAAUAUGACAGGGAGCUCGAGAUUGCAAGGAGAGCAGUUCACUUGGCAUGUGCACUUUGUCAGAGAGUUCAAGACAGGCUCCUGAAAAAUGAAGAAAAAGCUAAUACUAAGAAUGAUAGCUCCUUUGUGACAGUUGCAGCAGAUUGGAGUGUUCAAACAGUUAUUAGCUGGGUGUUGUCACAAUAUUUUGGGGAGGAGCAUAUUUCGAUGAUUGCUGAAGAAGAUACACAAGCACUUACUGGAAGGGAUGGAAAUGAGUUACUUCAGGGAGUGGUCAGCACAGUGAAUGAGUGCCUUAGUGAAGCAGUGACGUUUGGGCUUGAUUCCCCUCUUAAAUCACUAGGAACUCUUGAUGUUCUUAAUGCUAUAAACAAGGGGAACUCUAAAGGUGGACCUACUGGAAGACACUGGGUACUAGAUCCAGUAGAUGGCACUCUUGGUUUUGUACGAGGAGAUCAAUAUGCAGUAGCUCUUGCUAUGAUAGAAGAUGGAGAGGUGGUACUUGGAGUUCUCGGUUGCCCCAAUUAUCCAAUGAGAAGGGAGUGGCUUAACUAUCAUCAUCGCUAUUAUCGACUAAUGUCUAAACUGUACCCACCAGGUUCUGGAGUAUGGAGCAAAGGCUGUGUGAUAUCUGCACAGAAGGGUAGUGGGCAAGCUUGGAUGGAGCCCUUGGUCAAUGACAUCAUAAAGUUGGGGUUGUCAACUUUAGCAAGGCCUGUCACUGUUUCAUCCAUCGAUGAUCCUGCAUUGGCUACAUUUUGUGAACCAGUUGAAAAAGAAAACUCAAGCCAUUCCUUCACUGAAGGACUUGCUCACAGUUUAGGGCUAAGAAAUCAUCCAUUGCGUGUUUAUAGCAUGGCAAAAUAUGCAGCUAUAGCUCGAGGUGAUGCAGAGAUAUUUAUGAAAUUUGCAAGGGCUGGAUACAAAGAGAAAGUAUGGGAUCAUGCAGCAGGAGUUCUUAUAAUACAAGAAGCUGGGGGCGUUGUGACUGAUGCUGGAGGAUCUCCACUUGACUUUUCAAAGGGGAUUUACCUAGAGGGACUUGAUAGAGGAAUCAUUGCCUGUUGUGGUCCCCAAAUUCAUGAGAAAAUAAUUGCAGCAGUUGAUGCAAGUUGGAAUUCUUCCAGUUUGUGACCUAUGCAUUUCUGGAGAUGGGAAUUUGCUAUGAUCAUCGUUCUGUAAAAGGGAUUACUUCCAUUUCCUGAAAUUAUAAGAUGCAGUUAAAUGAUCUUAUUUUUUGGGAAUUUGCUAUGAGCAUCGUUCUGUAAAAGGGAUUACUUCCAUUUCCUGAAAUUAUAAGAUACAGUUAAAUGAUCUUAUUUUUUUGAUGGCAAAAAUACAUUUGCCUAAUCAGAGAAGUUACACUGCUACAUUCUGUGUAAUAUCAAGGAUGGGUUAUGUGCUUCCAUAACUAUUGUGUUCAGGUAGCCAUCUGUUGGAAUUAAAAUUUCACCUUUUUAGGUUGAUGUGGAGUAUAUUAAUGCCUUGCCAGGGCAUGGCUACAUUUCUCCAAUGUACAUGUUUUUUUGAUGCCUUGAAUGUCUUAUUUCAGGAGAGGGAUGAUAUUUUCAAGUGA